CCACUGUGCGCCGUCGUGGAGGAGGGCGAUUCCCUUUCGCGCGAUAAGGACGGAGUGGCCGCGUCAGAGUAAUAACUUGGAGGCAUUUGUCACGGCGGAAGGGAUAGGAGAGGAAUCGCCGUCGCCGCCGCCGCUGUCUAACGAGAAGGGAAACACGGAGACGUCAUCCUCAGGUUGGCGGCGGUAGCACUUAAGUUCUAAGCCUCAGUCGGCACCCGCGACUCACGCCGGUACGUGGAGUCCCGCUCGCCUGCCUGCGCUCGAUCGAUCGAUGAUCGGUGCCCGGAUCGGUGACCGGAGCCCGUCGCAAUUGCCAAAUCCGGCUAUGCUGCGUCGGGAACAGCUGAUCGGCCGGCACGUUUCAUCGAUUUGCAUGCACGCGUGUGUGCGUGCGUCUCUCAGGAUUACGAGUCAGGGUGUACGUCGUUAAUUAGAAUAGAGCGACAAGUGCGGGCGGCGACGCAGCCGUGAGCUUCCCUUGCCGUGAUCUGCUGAGCAACGUACAAACUGUUUCUCGACCGUUAGUUGCGUUAAGUAUCGCAGUUUCGAACACCAUUGCGCUGAGAAACGUAGGAGUACCGCAACGACGUGCUGUCACGUGAACAGAAUUUCGGUCGAGAGAUCCGCAGCGAAGAAUGCCCCCUCGAAGAUCGGCUCCGUGGCACGAAGCGGACGAGCGACCGCGACGUAAAUCUCAGCGGAAUCGCCGGAGCGAACCCGCCAUCCCGCGGCGAGCGCGUUUCGAAAUUCUGGAUUUUUUGUAGCGGCCUCGCCGUCGUCGGUCCUCGUCACCGGAUCCUCCCUUCUCCACCGCGGUUGGACCUCUCUCCUCGCCGCGCGUUUCGCAUUCUUGCGACCGUUUCUCGGCGCGGCUUGCUCGGUGCUCGGAGACGGUGACAACGACGGCGACGACGGCGGCGACGAUGGAGACGACGUUACGUUCGCGAUACACGGCUGCGGAGAGGCGAAUAUAAAUCUGUCCCAGUUGAUCGAUUUUGUCAAAGUGAAAGGAAAACUGGAAGGAAAAGGAAGUCUCAGUCACACGCACGCUUCGGUCAUCGGUUUUUCGGGGAAAUGAUGGGUGUUCUGCUACCGGAUGAAGUUACGUCGCCAGUAAUGCAGUCGCGCGUGAAUCUAAGCGUGCGUGACGCCGUCGUCGAUGUCGGCGUCAUCGGCGUCGUCGACGAGACGAACAACAACAGCGUGAGUGGCUUGACGGACGCGAAUAGCCUGCCAACGCCGACGAGGGUUGUCGAUAUAAUAGACAUCAUCAACGGCGGGGAACCGCCGCGACAAGACUGGAUGCCGCCUCCACCGAAGAAAAAAUGGAUCCGACACUACUUGCUCGAGGAAGAGCCGUUGGAAAACAACAGGACGAAUCAAUCAAGUGCGUCUCGGGGAAAUUCCGUGGUUUCUAGCACGCGAAUCACGUCGUCUUCAACCGGCACGAAUCCUGUCCAGUUGACUGCGAUCCAUUCCACAUCUCACCAUCAUCAUCAUCAUCACUCGCAACAGCCGCAGCAGCAACAGCAGCAGCAUCACCCUCACAGCGAUCAUCACAGUACACACAAUCAUUACGCGGAGAAUCAUAAUCCGAAUCAAUCUCAGCAGAAUGCUAGCAAUCUCGUCGUCGAAACGAGCCACGACAAUAAGAAGCAUCGGACCGCACCGUGUGUAAUCCGAUCUGGUACGAGAGAAGUUCACAACAAGCUGGAAAAAAAUCGCAGAGCCCAUCUCAAAGAAUGUUUUGAACUUUUGAAGAGGCAGCUACCGUCGCAAGAUGAAAAGAAGUCUUCAAAUCUCUCCAUUCUUCAUGCAGCGAACAAAUAUAUACAGACACUAAGGAAAAAAGAGCGAGAUUACGAGCAUGAGAUGGAGAGGCUCGCGAGGGAGAAGAUCGCGGCCCAGCAGAGAUUGGUAGCACUAAAGAAGGAACUCAGUGCGACUUGGGAUCAUAUUGACAUUAACGCUCUUCUAAUAGAAUGCUCAGGACUGGAUGGGACGGCUGUCAAAAAUGAGAACACGGAAGUCGACGUUACCGGACUUCCACGAGGUGGUACGAGGUACAGCAGCACAAGCAGCUUGAACAGCGUGGCGACAGCUAGCUCCCCGCAAGCGCUGCAGUCCACUAGCACGACUUCCAAUAUCCAUAAUCAAACCGCGAGCACGGGUGUCGUUUGCCAAACGCAAGAUCUGAAUCUUACACGGGGUUCCAGGGAAAGUCCGCCUGUGACGCCGGUCGCCGGCACAACACCCGCUUCCAGCAUUCCACCUCCGGCACAGGAGAAAGUCACCACACCCACUACGAGUAUAGUGCAGCAACCGCAUCAGCUGCACUUACCGAUCAGCGCCCAGAUGUUGAACACGACUCAGGGUCUCGCGACUAUCGUGCCGACUUUGCAGCACAUCGGGCCGGGUCUCAGGGUGAUCCCGGGUGACACGCGGCAACUCUUGGUUACCCACGCGGCUGGCAACAAUGAAUCCAGGCCGUUGACGUUAGCAGUGCAAAACUCUUCGGACCAAUCCAGGCCGCCGCUGAUCGCCGUACAAUCGAACACUGGAAACGAGCCAAGACCUGUGGCACUGGUCGUUCACUCGUCCACAGCCAACGACAACAGAGUCACGUUCGUGCACUCGAAUCUGUCCAACAACGACAGGCCGCUGGCCCUGGCGGUGCAGUCGUCCGCGAGUGACGUCAGGCCAGUUACUUUCGUGCACUCGGGGAACGAAGGCCGACCGUUGGUGCUCGCAACGCACUCUCCUGCGCUGAACGUGUCGAAUGCCCAAACGAGGAUAAGGACGGCAGACGCGCAGACUACGCACAAGAUGGUCGGCGGCGUAACGCUGGUUGGAAGUAACGGCUCAGAACUGGCGAGACUUCCCGGUGGCGCAGAACUGAAUAUACUCCCGGCAAAUGGAUUAACGUUAAGUCACGCGGGAGUGUCGCUUCAAACCGCCGCGGGUAAACCGGGCUCGACAAUGAUGCAGAGUGCUCCGUCCACAGAGAGUAUAGCCCACAUCGUCGGUCAGCAUGCACCCCUCUCCGGCCUGACUCCGAUUGUAACGCCAAUGACCGUAGUAUCUCAAGGCAAUCAAGUAACUGCCCACAUCCUGGCACCAUCUAGCCUCGCGGGAAAGAUGAUUACUACCCCGAUCCUCAAGUCCGUCGGACAAAUGCCCCUCGUAAACGCCCAGUAUCUUAACACCACGACUCUGGUGAAACCGGUCGUCGUGGUCAGCUCGACAACAUCGACGCCGGCAUCGACGACAGUCUCCAACAGUACGCAACCUCCAUCAACCACGAACUCGACCGUCUGACAGAAUCACGGGAAAGCGAAAUUAACCUGAUUGCAAUUAACCUGGAAUAUCAAAAGGUGGAUGUUCGGAGUUUUUAGGUCUCUGAUUUAUCUGUAAUAUAUAAAUUGACCGUUUGCGUCGGCUCUCGACGAGUCACUUUUAGGUGAGAUAACGAUAGAUUAGCGAGGUGGUAAAUAACUCGAGGUCACACACGCAGUCACCGUCAUGAACAAAUUUUGCGCGGAGGAAUCUUUGUCGGUUGUACUAUUCCUGAACAUCGAAAGUAGUUUUGUAUCUCGAAACUUUGUUCGUGUCUCCCCAAGGACUAAAUUCGAGCUCUUCCGACUGAGUGAGAGUGAACCGACUGAGGAAACGUCAGAGAAAGAUCUUGCUCAAUUCGCGUGAUCGAGUAAAUGCGGUGUCUUAAUUUUAUUAGAGGAAAGUUAAUUUAUCUUAAACUCGGAUAUAAAAUUUAAAUGAUUCAUUUAAGUCACUUAAGUCUGAAUAGCUUUCUCGAGAAUGAAAACGCUUUCGUAUCGCAGCACGUUGACGAAUUGAUGUUUUCAAGAUCUCCACGAUGCAGCGCGCAAUGACGAACCAGUUCAAGAAUUCGCUCGUUCAACAGAACGGAUUAUUCGUUUGACUGAUUUUGACUUUAAAAUCCCAGUUGAAUGUAAUAGUCGUUAUCUUAUCUUGAUUAACGAAGUCACUUUCUCGUAAUACGUGCUACUUGGAUCAUUAUUUCGUUAUAUUUUCGAUUAGUAGUUCUUUCAAAUUAUGCACACUUUUACAAAUUCCCUUUUAAAGCGUUUUAUGUUACUCGGAGGAUUUUGAAUGUCCUUCAGCCAAUUGAAUUUUUCCUUGCAAAUGAGAAAUAAGAACAGACGUUUUGACUUGCAAUAGAAAAUAUAUACACACACACACAUAUAUAUAUAUAUGUAUAUCUUUCUUUUUGCAUAACUUUUAAAUUACUUGACGCAUGAGAUAGACAGAUGCCAUUAUACUUUAUUGCGAUUGAAGAGAAGUACGAGGAAAACGGAUAGCGAUGGACUUUAAACUUUUAAAGACUUUAAAAAUAGAAUCUUUAAAAAUUAAAGUGUUGCAUCGGAAAAAAGCAGAGGACGAAUUUUGUAUUUGAUUAUCUCGUGAAUUAUCCGACGAAGAUUAACAAUGAGUUAUAUGAGUCCUUAAACCCAUUAUAUAGUGGCUGUGGAGAACGGAUGUUGAACUCUGUAUUGAGAUCUGUCUGUUUAGUUUCGACGAUUCAGUCAUAAAACGAAGUUUUUGUUGCGUCGGUAGUAAGAACGGAAAUUAUUUAGAAAACAAUGGCAGGAAGUAGCAUAGGUUUAUAAUGAUACACUUAAGUAUUUAUUCCUCUGUAUUUAUUAUAUAUGUAUACACGUUAGAUAAAUCGCUAUUUUGUGCUCUUUACAAACGCAUAAUUGUAACGCGCGCUGCGAGCAUAUUAAUUUCAUCGGGCUGAUUUCGUCGUACGGAGGGGGAAAUUUAGAAACGCGUUUCUACAUUCAUAAUCAUGAUUUAUCUCUGUCAUCGUGCAUACGUGCGUACUAUAGCGUCCUAUCUUUUUUGUAUAUAUAUAUUUCUUUGCGAGACACACGAUUCUUGUAUGCAAUCUAAAAGGACUCAAACUUAAAGGAGAUAACGAUAAUCGCUCGCAACUGUCCCUGCAAAACGCCGGAACGAUUGCACUUACGCAAUUAUCGUUACUAUCCUUCACCGUUUUCUGCAUGUACGUAAAGGCUUUAUUCGCUCUUGUAAGAUCAUACUUUACGCUUCCAUUUGGUGUCUCGAGGCGGGAUCGUCAACAGUAAUUAACGGAAUAAAGAAUCCAUUUGUGAACGUUGUCUAAUAAUAAUUGAUUCACAGUCCAUAGCAUUUGAUAAAAUACUUUCUGAUCGUGGCUCGGCACGUGAUACAUAGUCAGCCCAUAGUCCAUUGUAGAUUUUUGAAUACGCGGUUGUUGACGAUCUCGCUGUCUCAGGAUACCAACUCUCAUUUGUGUAUAUUAGUGUUACUGUUGCUUAUACCUGUGUACAUACAUGUGCGCGUAUUUUGUUUUAUGACAUUUAAAUUAUUUAAUCAAGUGAUACGAUCAAUGGUUUAAAUUGAGAUGUAGGUGAGCGCGCUCUAACCGAUUACCAAGUAAUGUCUAUUUAUGACUUAACCGACACCGCUAUCUAAUCCAGACGAGUAUUCUUCUUUCACUGACAGAGAAAUUCGACAUGAUGAAAAUUCGUCUGUAGCUUGUACGAUUUACUGUAUAUAUCAUUUAAAAAAAAUAUUCUUGGGUAGCUUUCAAUCUUCUUAGAAUUGUGUCCUUCAUUCGCAUCGGUUCUAUGUAAAAUCGGUACUGUUAUACCUUUUGUAAUGGGAAAUCGAUUAUAGUGCAAAAUUCAAUUAUCCAUUGUCGUAUGGACCAUCGCGAUUUGUGUUUCUUAAACAAAGAAUGCAAAGAAAAAUUCAAUUUAUAAUAUAUGUAAGGGGAUGGAAAACCGAACGCAAAUUCGAUUAGAGGUACUAGUCAAUAAAGUUCUGUUGAAUUAUUUUCAAUGAAAGCUUUCACUCGGCGAAACCUCAAGUCGUACAAUGGAUGUAAACUGUAUGGAGCGUACUGUACAAUUUUUGUGUGGCGUAUGCAAACGGUGCAUAGCUGCGAGUGGGACUAUUAGAAUGGAGUUAGAGUGGAGAAAUCUGAAAAAAAAAAGAAAUGUGAUCAAAGGCGAGAAUUGUCGCAGAAACGACGUCUCGCGUCUCUUGCGUUUGACCGUAACUGAGAUCGCUGUCGAUAAUUAUUUAAGCGAUGCAACAGCCUCAUGUAAAUAAUCUCGGCGAAGAGCAUCGCCGAAUCGGCCGAAAUGCUUCACGACGGAGGGAGACUAAAAGUAAUAUAAUAGGCAACAUUGAGGGGGAUGAAUAAUCUGUACAUGAACAAUGUGAUAUAAGUAAUGAGUAAAAAAAAUUAUAAUUAGCACCGUAGUGUCUAAGGAGAAAAAAUCAAUAUUAAAUCGUUUACGAUGUAGUUAGAUGCUAACUAUUAUUUACUAAUAUCCUAAAGAAAUUUAAUUGUAUAUAGGAAAUAUAACGGAAACCGGAAGGAGAGAUAGACAGAAAUGAUGAUGGGGAUAAGGGGAAAGCGAAUUAUUGGCGAAUUUUUCAGUCCAAUUAAACAAUUCGAGGAGGAUAGGAAGGAAACGGGAAGCAGACUGUGUAAAGAUACUAUAUAAAUAUAUUGAAUGCGGAAAGAGAGGGAGCGAGGUUGAUGUCAAUGAAUACAACGUGAUGAAAACUGUGCCCGAUCUUACUGUCACGCCGUUGAUCAAAACGCCGGUAUUGUGCAUGUCCUGUACUUGAUAGCAUCUGCAAAUUGUAUUUCGAACGAAUGAUAACGAGUGGGAUAAACGCGUGCGGAAAUGUAUGUGUGUCUGUGCGUGCGUGCGUGCGAGAUUGAGCGAAUUCGCAAGAGUGUUGUUAUUGUUGUAGUCUAUGUCGAAUGUUGUUAUACGUCUCGGCUGGUAUGCAAAACGAUAGUAUGUUCUGUGACAUAUGUCGAUCAGCUCAUUAUGCGUAAAGAGGAAGCAAGUGUGUGAGGGGUGAGAGAGAAAGAAAAGAGAGAGAAAGAGACAGAAAAGGCGAACGGCCAGCGCCGUCAAAGAGAUCUUAAUCUCUGCGCGUGACACUUUUUGUUUAAAGAAAAAAAAAAGUAUGCGAUGAAAGCUAAUACAAUCUAUUACAAUAAAGAUUAAAAUGUG